GCGCUAAUUACGGUUUUAUCCCCACGCCCAGUUCAAAGACACCUCUCUCUCUUUCCUCUGGUCGGAUCAGUCAAAAAAAUAAAAAAAGCUAGAGAGUUUGAUACUUUUUAACUUCUGAAUCCAUGGAAUCUGCAAAAGAACGUGACACUUUCGUCUACCUCGCAAAGUUAUCUGAACAAGCUGAACGCUAUGAAGAGAUGGUGGAGGCCAUGAAGAACCUUGCGAAGCUUAACGUUGAUCUAACGGUGGAAGAGAGGAACUUGCUAUCUGUUGGAUACAAGAACGUGAUCGGUUCAAGGAGAGCUUCGUGGAGGAUCUUCUCGUCGAUAGAGCAGAAAGAAGCAGUGAAAGGGAACGAUGCUAAUGUGAAGAGGAUCAAAGAUUAUAUGGAGAAGGUUGAGUUAGAGCUCACGAGUAUAUGCAUUGACAUAAUGUCUGUGUUGGAUGAGCAUCUGAUUCCAUCUGCUUCUGAGGGUGAAUCAACUGUGUUCUUUAACAAGAUGAAAGGUGAUUAUUACCGUUAUCUUGCUGAAUUCAAAUCAGGAGAUGAGAGGAAAGAAGCUGCUGAUCAGUCUUUGAAAGCCUAUGAGAUUGCUACUGCUUCUUCUGAAGCUAAGCUCCCUCCCACACAUCCUAUAAGAUUGGGAUUGGCAUUGAAUUUCUCUGUCUUCUACUAUGAGAUCAUGAACUCACCUGAAAGGGCAUGUCAGCUUGCUAAGCAGGCGUUUGAUGAUGCUAUCUCUGAGCUUGACUCUCUGAAUGAGGAAUCUUACAAAGAUAGCACUUUGAUUUUGCAACUCCUUAGGGACAAUUUGACCUUGUGGACUUCUGACAUUCCAGAAGAAGGAGAUGAUGCCCAUAAGACGAAUGGUUCUGCUAAACAUGGUGCAGGUGGAGACGAUGCAGAGGUUAACUAUAAGAUAAUCCUUUGCUUGUAGUGAAUAUUGACUAAGUUGAUUCUAAUAUAGCAGAUCUUGUUUGCUUCUUGAUGCAGUGAUCUGAUAUGUGUGCACCCGCAGCAGCAGCAAUGGACAAACAUGUUUCAAGAACAACUAAAAUGCGUGGUGAAUAAUAGCGAAAACUUUGAGUUCCUCUGUUUCAUGUAUCAUUAUUGUCUAUGUUGUUGUACUCUCUGGUUUGAGUUUAUGCUUGUAUUAAGACACAGUCUUAUUAUUUGUGAUUUGUAUUCAGUAUUGUCUUAAACUUCACCCAUUGCUCUUCUCUCUUACUAUUUGUUCCUAUGGAUCCAAU